CGGCAACUACCCUGGGAUAGGAAAACAGAUACUCAGUUCAGAAAUGGGGUAUUCCGAAUCUCCCGCCUUCGAAGUUCACUGUAUCUUCAAACACUACGGACCCAAGCUUUCCUUGUCCUUUCUCUCGUUAUUCCCUUUCUCUCUUGGAGUUCUUGACAACCUUUAACGCCUCGUCAAUGGAGGAAACCCGCCAAUCACCCUGCCCUGAGGGCAAGGAGAUGAUACACACCCAUAACGAAGACGCCACCCAAACAUGCGGCUCAUACAUUAGCGAAGAGCUCAAAGCAUACAUUGUGCAACGACACGGCACUCUAGAGCUUGACCCUCUCCCUUCCUCUUUACCACAAGACCCCCUUAAUUGGCCGCUGUGGAUGAAGAACAUGAACAUGCUAAUGGUCGCUUUCCACACCAUGAUGGCAACCUUUUCCGCUGCUGCCAUCAUCCCCGCCUACUCCGUUUUCGCUGAAAAGUACGGCAUCUCUAUCCACCAAGCCUCCUAUCUGACAUCUGUCCAAAUCCUUACAAUGGGUAUCUUCCCCCAAAUCUGGUCACCCAUCGCCGUCCGCUUCGGCCGCAAACCCAUAUUCCUCGUCUCCGUCCUAGGCGCCUGCAUCUGCAACAUCGGCGGCUGCUUUUGCCACACCUACGCCACCCAAAUGGUAACCCGUAUCCUCAACACAAUCUUCAUCUGUCCUCCUCUUGGUAUCGGUAGCGGCGUUGUCACCGACAUCUUCUUCCGCCACGAGCGUGCCCAAAAGAUGGGAUGGUGGACCCUGAUGACCACCAUCGGCACACCCCUCGGCCCCUUCCUCUACGGCUUCCUCAUUCAGCGCGCGCCCUACCAAUGGAUGUUCGGUAUCUUCGCCAUCGUCAAUUUCUGCCAAUUCCUAGGCUAUCUCUUCCUCGGAUCCGAAACCAUGGGCUUCCGAACCCCCACCUCUUCUACUAGCACCUCCACCUCGACAAGCCCAGCUGCAACCAUCAAAGCCGCCAAGCCUGCCUCAUGGGCCGAUUCCUUCAAGAUCCGCCGUAUUAACCCCGCCCCCUUCACUCUCACAUCCUUCCUCUCCUACCUCAACCUCGCCCUGCACCCCUCCGUCCUCAUCCCAGCCAUCGCAUACGCACUCGUCUUCUGCUACGCCAACAUCGCAAUCAUCGUCAUGAUGCCCCUUGCCGUCGGCGAGAAAUUCCACCUCGACGCCCAAGGUGUUGGCCUCCAAUACCUCGCCAUCAUCCUCGGCUCCAUCCUCGGCGAGCAGUUCUCCGGCCCCGCCUCCGAUUGGUUCCUAGCACGUUACUCCGCGCGCGCCGGCGUCCGCGUCGCCACCCAGCGCCUCUGGCUCGCCUACCCCGGCUUCGCCGCCGUGGUCACCGGCCUCGUCGUGUGGGGCGUGCAGCUACAGAACGCGGAGGAUGGCGUGUGGAAUGUCACGCCUAUGGUGGGGGCGGCAAUUGCGUCGUUCGGGAAUCAGAUUAUCACUACGACGCUAAUCACGUAUGCUGUCGAUAGCUGUCCGUUGAGGUCGUCGGAGGUGGGACUCUUUGUUAAUCUGUUGCGACAGAUCUGGGGGUUCAUUGGGCCGUUUUAUAUCCCGGUUAUGUUCGAGACUCUUAAUUUCGCAGCUACGGCGGGAGUAGUAUAA